GCAGCGAAUAACGGAUUACUGAUCAUCUGAUCGAUGACACACAGAUUUAGACCGGCUGGUACUGCUGCCAUUAGAUCAAACCAUUGGGUGUUUUUUUAUUAGCGUUUUUUCCCCCCAUCAGAAGCAUGACAUGAAGACCGUCUCCUCUCUCCGGACCGUCUGUUCAUGCGCAACUGGAGCCACUUGUGUGCCACAGAGGAGAAAUGUGACAAACUGGACCACAGGCAUCAAUUCUUGUGUCAGGAAAUGUUUCUUCUGGACGAAGGAGUGCCUAUAAAAAGCCGGUUUCAGUCUGAAGCGAGUUGGAAAAAAAAACAGCAGCCCGGGUUCACUUUUCCACAACGGAAAUGAGAUCAGCCUCAUCGCCUGGCUCCACUUCUUCUAAAACAUGGUCGAUGUGACUCCAUGUAGAGCCGGGAUCUGACAUUGUUUGACUCGUGGCAACUCACAGCUCGUUGCGAAUGGAAAGAUGUUUGCUGGACUGAUGGGGCUGGAAAGUCACGGCAACUCUCUGCUUCACCACCGCGAAGCCAUGGAAGGUGGCAGAGCGUCAGGGACAGCUGGCGGCUCUGGUCGUAAGAGGCUCCACCGAAGACCAGGGUACAUGAGAGGAGAGCAGUCCAGACUACAGAGCACUACUCAUGCGCAGGAGGAGGAGGAGGAGGAGGAGGAAGGGAGGACCACUUGCAUUAGGAACGGAAAAUCUGGGCGUCACACUGACAUCACUGAGGCAACCAGUGCUCUGAGGACGAGUCUAACUGCUGCUGUCAAAGUGUCUUUAAUAAAUCAGCAACAGCCUGAGAAGCUCACAUGUAAAUCCUGGAAGAGUAACAGUUUUCUCUGUUCUGUUAACCAUACUCUUCCUCCUGUGAACUGUGGCGCCAUUAACGGUACGUCCAGCCCCCGGGGUCCGUCCUCUCUGCCACAGAAUGAACCCAGUUUGAGUCCAAGCCCAGCCCUCCAGCGCUCACCACGGGACUCCUUUAACUCCAGUUUCAGUUUCAUCCAACAGUCUCUCAACGCCAGUCAGAGGACAGACACAACCACUGCCACACCAUCCCGAGAACCAGAACCACUGAAUAAGUCAACUAAAGCACCUAGUUCACCUCAGGCAAAACCAGCAACCUUGUCCACUGAGCACAAUGUCUCAAAGCAGUCAGCUCCCGUCCAAUCACUGCCCUCCUCCGCCCCGGGCAGCCAGGCAGACAGAGAGGAGCUGUCGUUAGGCGGGAGGUUUUGGCGGGAGUGUCUUUGGGAUGACAGGGAGGGUACGUCCGUCCUGCCCGACUGUGACCCUGCGGACAUCGAGAUCACCUCUUCACUGUCUGUGGACUCCGACACUGCCUCCGCCUCUUCGGUCACCUCCGGCUAUGACAGCGCCACGCCAGCCUCCGACCAGGGCUGGGACAACCUGGUGAAGAAGUUCGAGGGUGUGCUGCAAGACUGCCUCCAAAACAACCGCACACACACUAAGAUCGAGUCCAUGAUGUUGAAGCUGCAGAGACUCCAGCAGAAAGCCAUUUUGGAUGACGACUAUGACGCAGCUGAGCGUUUUGGGAAGAAGCUGGAGGAGCUGUGCAGGGAGCGAGGCGCUCUGAAGCUGGGUUUACCCUCCAGACAGCCCAGCGUGGCUCUGUUCCUUGAGCGACUCAGGCAGGUGGUGCACAGCGCCCUCCAGAGGGCAGACUGCAGUCAGUGCAGGGAGGAUGCAGAGCCUGAUGCAGGGGAGCAGUGUGACUCAUUGCAGGGUCCACCACAUCGAAGAGAUCAUCUGAUCCAGGAGAAACGGCUGGUUGAGGAGGAGAUAGCAGAGCUGCAGCAGAGGCUGACGGAGCUGAAGGACCGCAGUCGGCGCCUGGAGCAGCAGAUCCAGCGCGAGGAGCAGCAGGUGGAGGCUGAGGAGCUGGAGGGCUCCGUGCUGCGGAGCUGCACCGUGGCCCAGCUCUGCGACAUGAGCCGAACCCUGCAGGACCUGGUCACCUCUGAAAACCGCGCUCAGAUCUCCGUCUCUCCUCCACCCUCCACGCUCAGACUACAGGAGCAGGAGCAGGCACUGAAUCUGUCCAUCAAGGAGGCGACUGCUAAAGUGGUCAUGAGUCAGAGGCUGGGCAGCAGCCUGAGGAGGAAAGUCAGCGAGACUGAAACUCAGCUUUUGGCGCUGCAUGAAGCCAAGCUGGCGGCCAUCUCAGGUAAUGACUUCAGCAGUGCCAAGGAGCUGAAGGCUGAGAUGAAGGCGGUGUACCUGGAGCGGGACCGGCUGGAGGCUCUGGCCAAGAGGCUGCACAGCCUCAGCUCGGGGAGCAGCCAGGAGCUGACAAGGAUGAAGGAGCAGCGGCAGCAGCUCAGGCAGGAGCUGGAGCUGAAGGAGGCUCAGCACGAAAGCUGUCUGAAAGAGAACACUACCAAGUACAUCAAGCUACUGGAGGACAGAUUGCACAGCUGUGGCUGUCCCGGCCUGGAGCGAAUCUGGGAAGCCGACCUGGAAGCAUGUCACCUGUUCUUGCGGGGCCUCCAGCUGCGGACUCCCAGCUGCAGUGGAGCAGACAUCGAAGACCUCCCCACUGCGCCACUUUAUCCUCCAACCCAGCCGUGCACCAAAGAAGAAGAAGACUGCGCUAUGCUGACUGCGUUAGGAGGGCGCUGGUGUCCCGAGGCCAACUUACAGAACUCAGAAUUCACCAAGAAAUUGGAGGAGUUUUUGUUCUGCAUGGAGGAUAAUCACCCAGAGGACGGGUGCAGCGACGCUGAGGCUGCAGACCUGACGGAGCGCUGCGAGCUGAUCAGUGACAGACUAAUGACCUUGGAGGAUGAAUUGCAGACCGCUAUACUGAACCGGGAUCAGGCCCUCACCCAGUCAUUAGAAAAGGAGGUUCAGGAAGUAAAAGCCACUUUACAAACCAUGCUCGCGCAGCUCAAAGAGGAAGAGGAGGAGGAAGAGGAAGUGAGUGAGUUACAAGAUGAUGACCUCAUGAAAGAUGGGACUGAGGAAGAAGAGGAGGAGGAAGAGGAGGAAGACGAGGACCAGUACUUCAGUGACAGCUGGGGCAUUUGAAAUGGAUGCUCGUAGGUUUUUAUGACCACUCACACGCAGACCGGCUCUGUGAGAGCCUGACCUCAGCUUUGCAGUAGGAGUGACCCCACAUCCAUUUACUGCAAAGUCUCACUCAGAGGGCUUUACCCAGCCUCUGUGGUCCUGCUGAAAGUUUCCAGUACAAAGUCUGUGUUUUUACCCAUCUACAAAAAAAUAAACAUCUGAAGGAUUUUGAUAGAAAUGCAAAAUAUAAGACACUUUAUGCAAAUUUUACAAGUUCCUCAAAUCUUGCCAGCCAAACACGGUGUCCCAGCAGCAAGUGAGCGUCCGACUGUCUUAACAUCGGACGCUCUCUGUCCACACUGAAUCCGUUAAACAUGCACUUCAGUUACAUCAUGUGAAGGAACCACGUACAUAUCAGCUGCGUGCUGGAGAUCAGACUGCAGACCUAACCAGACAUGUAAGAAGAGUACUUGCAACUCUCCUACGUUUGUACUUUUUAACAUUAAAGACGUUUUAUAUUGUGGUAGUGAGACGUUUCUGUAGUGGAAAUGAUGUUACAUGACAAUGACAGUACAGCCAGCAGCAAAUAGGUUACUUUUUCUUCCCAGAAACUUCCGGCUACCUGGCGAUCCCCCUCCAGCCUGAAGCCGCCUUAUUUCGGUUUUUGUACUCAGAUGAAGAGGUGUUGUAUAGGUAACUUCUACAGUUAUUUUGUACCAUAUCUGUUUGAGGAGAAACAGGGCGUUCAUCAAACGCUCUCAGCCAGUUCGGGCAUCCCAAAAGAAAACAGUCAUACUGGUUUUGUUGUUUGACCAUGAAAAGAGUCCCUUAGGCCGCCGAGCCCACAUAGUGAUUAUUUUUUCAAUCAAGAUGUUUUUGAUGCAGGCUUUCAUGUCAUGUCCUACUAGUGCUGAGCAAUUAGGUGAAAUACAGUUUCUUCAGUUAUUAAUGUAAAAACAUCACCAGUUUUAGGUGAUUAUGUGGUUAAUUGAUGGCUUUCAGUUGCUCUGAUUUAUUGCCAUUGAUAAACCAGCUCAGUCUCAGAGGUUAGAAAUGAUCAGCAUUAAACUGCAUUAAGACUGUGUAACUUUUACUGAACAACAGCAACUUGCGGCCACAAGUGAAAGAAACAAAGUGUAACAAGAAGAGAAGAGUCACACAAUCAGUGAGCUGAUAUCAGUUAUGACACAGCAAUAUCUAUGCAGUUGUCUAUGCAUUAGCUAACUAAGUACAGUAAAGCUGUAUCACCAAAAUCCCAGAAUGUAUUGAAUUAAUUAGGGGUGUUAUCAUGUGUUAUUUCUUCAUUCAAAGGUUACAUAGUGUCACUCUAAAUUCAGUGACAAAAACCAGAACCAGCUCUCUGAAUGUUGGCCGAGGACCUAGGGGACAAUCGAAACAUGUUUUGCCGGGAACAGUCUUGCACAGAAACUAAAAUGUAUGCUUCAUUUUUAGGCCAGCUGGCCACUUUUGUGUGUUCUCCUGUACGAUUGGACUUCAUGUAAUUUUGUCCAUGAAAUAACUCAUUUGUGGUGCUACAGAACGUCAGCUAACUUGAACACUUUAUGAUUUUCUUUGUGUGGAAAAUGCAAAAUUUAGAUUUUUUUCAGCCUGUCUUGCAUUUUAACAUGUGUCACAAUAGUAAGAUUGUGUCUUGCACAUGUGGGGAAUACUGAAAGACAAAAUCAGUGGACACACACAUGAAGAUAAGUAUUUGCAAGUGCUGUUUGUUUUUUUUGGAAAAUGAUUUGAUCUGCCACUGAUUAUGUGUUGUUUGGAUUUUAUUUUAUGUCACCUCAGAAUAUUCUUGUUCGUUCCACUGGGUGUCACUUGACUUUUUGCCAGAAACAUUUUUGUACUUUCACUUCAAUCAGUUUUUUCAUUUACUGUGCAGCUUGAACUUGCUGUAUCAUAUUUUAUAUUUAUUCUUUACAGCAUCUCACUAAUUACAGCAUGUACCAUUCAGCCUAAUGUUGUGUCCCUCUGGUUUCUUCUUGUAUUGAGUUACAGCCCCACCGGUGAUUUUCCCUCAUAUACGAUGU